AUGUGGAACGACGAAGACAACAACCCGUACGGCACGAGCUUUGACCGCCGCGAUUCGAACGCUUCGUCCUCAGUGAACCCAACCUCACCAUCCGGAACACGCGCGUUCCGCGACGUUGAGCCCGCGCAAACACCCACUUCUGGUAGCGACGAUGAAGGUGCGGAGCCGGCCUUUGGGCCUCGCGGGGACGACAUGAACGACGACGACGACGAUUCCCCAGCCGAGGAGACUAUACCACAGCGAAAGCCCGGCGGCUAUGACAGUCGCAUCGAGCAGGUUCUCUACGAAAACCCAAAGCUGUCCAUCGCCAUUACGGACGCUGGCAAGAGUCUCGAGAGUGGAGGUCGAUAUAUCGUCUAUACGAUCCGCACAGGCGACCUAGAAGUUCGCCGUCGAUAUUCCGAGUUUGCGACACUGCGCGAUGCCCUUACACGGCUUCACCCGACACUCAUCAUCCCACCUAUUCCGGAGAAGCAUACAAUGGCGGACUAUGCUGCCAAACCGACAAGCGCGAAGCAAGACCAACAGAUCAUCGAUCUGCGCAAGCGCAUGCUUGCCGUCUUCCUGAAUCGCUGUCGACGAAUGGACGCCGUGCGCACUGAUGGCGUCUGGUGGAGAUUCCUCGAUCCCAACGCGAGCUGGAGCGAGGUAUUGCACUCGCAUCCAGUGUCCUCGAUUCCCAAAUCUAUCCUCAAGGCACCACCGCUGGAUACGGCAAACCCGUCGGCUGCCCACAACUACUUGCCAGUCCCCUCGAGCUCGGCGAAGCUCAAGACAACUGGAGGCGCGUCGUAUGAUUUGGCCGCGUCGGCAGUCCAAGGAGCCCCUGGCGCCGAAGGCAAACACCCACCUGAGCCCAAUGCUCUGAGCGAACAAGAUCUCGACACUUAUUUCAUCUCCUACGAGGCGUCCAUCAAGGAACUCGAAAGUCUUCUGACGGGACCGAUGGAGAAGGUCAAUCGUCGAUCACUCAGCCACCUCUCGUCCCUCGCAGCCGAUCUCUGUGAGCUUGGCUCACGCUUCAAUGCCUUUGCUCUCUCUGAGCAGGCCCCUUCGCUGGGUCCGGCUAUCGAGCGGGUGGGCCAAGCGGCCGACUUGUCGUACAUUGCCACGGAAGAGCUAUCUGGGUCACUGGGCGCCAGCUUCGCAGAGCCGAUGAGGGAGAGCGCACAGUUCGCUGGUGUCGUGAGAAGUGUGCUGAGAUACCGCGCUCUCAAGCGCAUCCAGCAAGAUCUGACCGCGGAGGAGCUGAACAAGAAAAGAGCGUUGCUGGACCAGCUUGAGAGGAGUGAGGCCGAGGCAAGGCGGAUCGAGCAGUACCUCUCGAGCAGUCAGCAGGUUUCGCCGCCACCAAAGCGCUCGACCAGCCUUAAGGAGCCGUCGACGCAACAGCGGCGAGAUGGAGAAGACACUGAGUCGAUUGACUCGGAUUUCAGAGGCGCGACACCCUCUGCCAGCCAAGGUCUCCCCGAGAGGAGCGCCAGCGUAACGCAUAGAAAGCUGCCAAGCGGGAACUCUAUUACGAAUAAGAUCUUUGGCCCCAUCCGACAUGCGGUACAGGGGGUGGUUGACGUGGAUCCGGAGCGAACUCGGCGAGACACGAUUGGCAAGACUAGGGAAUCGAUCGGUCAGCUCGAGCAAGCCCAGGUCGCGUCAGAGCGGGACGUCAAGGAGGCGAGCGCCAGCGUCUUACGUGAUUUGAAGAGGUUUCAGCAUGAGAAAGAGGAUGAUUUGCGGAGAUACAUGCUUGCGUAUGCACGCAGUCAAAUUGAAUGGGCAAAGAAGAGCAAGCAGCAGUGGGAGGAAGCACGAGCAGAGGUCGACAAGAUAGACGAGAGCUAG